UUUGUUUGUGUUGUCUCUGCAUUCGACGGCGAACACAAGCCACUGGAUACUGUGUGGGGGGGCCGACGGUCGAGAUCCGACAUUAUGCGCAGAUCUGUUGAUGUGAAGGGCUUUGCGCUGAGGUUUGGUUGUGUAAACGGACACAAACGAAGUAGACCCAACAAUAUGGCAACAACCGCUGCAGCUUUUCAGAGCCUAGCAGAGCUGGCUCACCGUGAAUACCAAGCAGGGGACUAUGAGAAUGCAGAACGACAUUGUAUGCAGCUCUGGCGUCAGGACCCUUCCAACACGGGCGUCCUACUCCUGCUUAGUUCUAUACACUUCCAGUGCAGACGUCUGGACAAGUCCGCCAACUUCUCGACGCUGGCGAUUAAACAAAAUCCGCUGUUGGCAGAGGCGUACUCCAACCUAGGCAACGUAUACAAGGAACGGGGCCAACUGUCGGAAGCCCUGGAGAACUACAGGCAUGCGGUGCGGCUCAAACCCGACUUCAUAGACGGCUACAUCAACUUGGCUGCAGCACUGGUGGCUGCGGGUGACAUGGAGCAGGCAGUUCAGGCUUACGUGUCUGCAUUGCAGUACAACCCAGAUCUUUACUGCGUUCGCAGUGAUCUGGGCAACCUACUAAAAGCCUUAGGUAGGCUAGAUGAGGCCAAGGCAUGCUACCUCAAGGCUAUUGAGACGUGUCCGACUUUUGCGGUAGCGUGGAGCAACCUCGGCUGCGUCUUCAACGCGCAGGGGGAGAUAUGGCUGGCCAUUCACCACUUCGAAAAGGCAGUUGCAUUGGACCCCAAUUUUCUGGAUGCAUACAUCAACCUGGGCAACGUUCUGAAGGAGGCACGGAUCUUUGAUCGUGCAGUGGCCGCGUACCUGCGUGCGCUAAACCUCAGUCCCAACAACGCUGUUGUCCACGGCAAUUUGGCCUGUGUUUACUAUGAACAGGGUCUUAUUGACCUUGCCAUUGACACCUACAGGCGAGCAAUCGAGCUCCAACCCAAUUUCCCAGACGCCUACUGCAAUCUGGCGAAUGCCCUGAAAGAAAAAUCGCAGGUUGCGGAAGCGGAGGAGUGCUACCAGACGGCGCUGCGACUCUGCCCGACGCAUGCAGAUUCGCUGAACAACCUUGCCAAUAUCAAGAGGGAACAGGGCUUCAUCGAGGAGGCCACCAGGCUCUACCUGAAGGCGCUGGAAGUGUUCCCCGAAUUUGCGGCAGCCCACUCCAACCUGGCCAGUGUGCUGCAGCAGCAGGGCAAACUAAACGAAGCCCUCCUGCACUACCGCGAGGCCAUCCGCAUAUCGCCGACCUUUGCGGACGCUUACUCCAAUAUGGGGAACACGCUCAAGGAGAUGGGAGAUGUGCAGGGGGCGCUGCAGUGCUACACGAGGGCCAUUCAAAUCAACCCUGCCUUUGCGGAUGCACAUUCGAAUCUGGCUUCGAUACACAAGGACUCUGGAAACAUUCCAGAAGCUAUCCAGUCAUACAGGACAGCUUUGAAGCUGAAGCCCGAUUUUCCAGAUGCUUAUUGUAACCUGGCUCACUGUCUGCAAAUUGUUUGUGACUGGACAGACUAUGAAAGCCGCAUGAAAAAAUUGGUGGCCAUUGUUGCGGAGCAGCUGGAGAAGAACCGUCUGCCGUCUGUCCACCCCCACCACUCCAUGCUGUACCCGUUGUCUCACGAAUUCCGCAAGGCCAUUGCCAGUCGUCACGCUAAUUUAUGCCUAGAGAAGAUUCAAGUACUGCACAAACCUCCGUACCAGCACCCACGCGAGCUAGGAAGUUCCCGUCUACGCAUUGGCUACGUCAGCUCGGACUUCGGUAACCACCCAACAUCUCAUCUGAUGCAAAGCGUUCCUGGGAUGCACAACAGGUCACGCGUCGAAGUGUUCUGCUACGCACUCAGUCCAGACGACGGAACAACCUUCCGCAGCAAGAUCGCCACGGAGUCCGAACACUUUGUGGACCUGUCGCAAGUUCCGUGCAACGGCAAGGCAGCAGACAGAAUCCACGCGGAUGGAGUCCACAUCCUCAUCAACAUGAACGGCUACACCAAAGGAGCCCGUAACGAAAUAUUUGCGUUGAGGCCGGCUCCUAUUCAGGUCAUGUGGCUGGGAUACCCAGGAACAAGUGGUGCCCCGUUUAUGGACUACCUGGUGACAGACCGCCUGACAUCACCUCCCCAUUUGGCCCACCAAUACUCUGAGCGCCUUGCUUACAUGCCCAACACUUUCUUCAUUGGCGACCACAGACAAAUGUUUCCCCACCUCAUGGAGAGGGCCAUCAUCGACGUCCGCGAUAACAUGCUGCGCUCCGGCGAAGUGCCGGAUAACAUUUCGAUUGUGAAUGCCACGGACCUGUCGCCAAUCAUUGAAAAGGCUGAAGUAAAGAAAAUCCGGGAGGUUGCAGUAGCGGUUUCGACAAAUCCCGUGGAGAAGUGCGAGAGCAGGCUGGUGGAGAGGGUGGAAGUGGUGAAGACUGUGAUAGAGCUCCCCACCACAACGCCUGUGCAGACAAUGAUCAGCACCGGACAGGUGCAGACUUGCGUCAAUGGGGUGGUCAUGCAGAAUGGCCUGGCAACCACACAGAUCAACAACAAGGCAGCGACGGGUGAAGAUGCUCCCAAGGGUAUCUUGGUGACCACGAGACAGCAGUAUGGUCUGCCGGAAGACGCCAUUGUGUACUGCAACUUCAACCAGUUGUACAAGAUCGACCCCUCAACCCUUCGCAUGUGGGUGAAUAUUCUGCAGCGUGUGCCCAAGGGUGUGCUCUGGCUCCUGCGGUUCCCCGCAGUGGGAGAGACCAACGUGCACGCCUGGGCGCAGGCGGAGGGCCUCGCCCAGCCCGCGUCGCGCAUCAUCUUCUCCAACGUGGCGGCCAAGGAGGAGCACGUGCGCAGGGGCCAGCUGGCCGACGUCUGCCUGGACACCCCCCUGUGUAACGGCCACACGACGGGCAUGGACGUCCUGUGGGCGGGCACCCCCGUGGUGACGUGGCCGGGGGAGACCCUGGCCUCGCGGGUGGCGGCCUCUCAGCUCCACUGCCUGGGUGUGCCGGAGCUUGUGGCCAAGACGCGGAGGGAGUACCAGGACAUUGCCGUGCGGCUCGGAACGGACAGAGAAUACCUCAAGGCCAUCCGUGCCAAAGUAUGGGGAGCAAGAGCAGAGUGUGCCCUGUUCAACGUGCGGCUGUACACUACCCACCUAGAAGACGUCUUUUACAAGAUGUGGAAUCGCUACGAGAGCAACGAGCCUCCGGACCACAUCAUGGAUUGAAGCACUUUGCACCGACCGUGUGAUACACAAAUCGACCCACAGAGACGUGAGCUGUGUGUGGCCCAGGUUUGGGCAGAGUGCUGCAGAUGCAGGGCAGUGUGGCUAGUCAGAGGUACGGAAAGCCGUGUGUGCCCGGGACCUGUAACUAAUAACCUCAGUAUAUAUUUUAUUACCAACGUUUGCGACGUGGAAUUUCUGGCUCUCGCUGGUACUGUAAAUAGGGUAUAAAAAAAAUGGUGCGCAAAAAAGCCGUAAGUGUUGUCCACCACUGUUUUUCUUCUGUUUUUUUUUUCCCCCGUACGAGGGUCAUUUUUGUUUUAGCAUCCAUAUUUGUCGCGUCCCCAGCAUCCAACUAGUUUGCUGAAACGUUUGGCAGCAUACAUUUUCUUUGAUCUAAUUGUAGGCCGUAGACAGAAAAUAAAGGCCUUCAGUUAAUA